UUUUCUUUUUCCAGUAUAAGUAUCUAAAAUGGGCAUUGUUUUGGUGUGGAAGUGGCUACUUUUCAUUAUAAUUGUUUGCGCUCUGGGGGCUAAUUCAGAAGCUGAAGCUCAACCAUCGGCAGCAGAUGAUAGAGUGACGAAGUUGCCUGGGCAGCCUCAAGUCGAUUUUCAACACUACUCCGGUUAUGUGAAACUCCGACCUCAGGAUCAGAAGGCAUUGUUCUACUGGUUCUUUGAAGCCCAAGAUGAGCCUUCUCAAAAGCCUCUUGUUCUUUGGCUCAAUGGAGGUCCUGGCUGCUCCUCCGUCGCAUAUGGAGCUGCGCAAGAACUCGGACCAUUUCUCGUUCGAAGCAAUGGCACCCAGCUCACUCUUAACAAAUACUCUUGGAACAAAGCUGCAAAUAUGCUGUUCCUGGAGGCACCAGUGGGCGUAGGAUUUUCCUACACCAACAAUUCAGAUGAUCUGUACAAGCUUGGUGAUGAAGUUACAGCCAAUGAUUCUCAUGCGUUCUUAAUCCAAUGGUUCAAAAAGUUCCCAUCUUUCAAAUCCCUUGAUUUUUACAUAGCUGGAGAGAGCUAUGCAGGUCAUUAUGUUCCUCAACUUGCUGAACUGAUUUAUGAAAGAAACAAAAGAGCUAGCAAAGAGUCGUUUAUAAACCUUAAAGGAUUUAUGAUUGGAAAUGCUGCAAUAAAUGACGAAACGGACAUCCUUGGAUUUGUGGAAUUUGCGUGGAGUCACGCAGUAAUAUCAGACAAUCUGUACAACAACAUAAGGCAGGAAUGUUCAGAUUUUAAGCAGAGUGAAACACGCAUCAACUGCGUCAAUCUUUUCGACCGGCUCCAGGAUGCUUAUUCUGAAAUUGAUAUAUACAGCAUCUAUUCCCCAGUUUGCCUCAAUUUUCCUCCUAAUACUUCCCUGAAACUCAACAAAUUUCCUUCCGUCCUCUCCAGACAUGACUUGUGGCAUAGGUUGCCAUUAGGUUACGAUCCAUGUACAGAAGUCUAUACGGAGCGAUAUUUCAAUCGAGAAGACGUUCAAAGGGCCCUGCAUGCCAAUAUCACCAGCAUCCCUUAUCCGUACACCUUAUGCAGUGACGUUAUCAGAAACUGGAACGACUCUCCGGACUCUGUGUUGCCCAUCAUUCAGAAGCUCUUAGAUGCCGGAAUGCGCAUUUGGAUAUUCAGUGGUGAUACGGAUGGAAGGGUGCCAGUGACAUCUACAAGAUUCAGCAUAAAUAAAAUGGGAUUAAAAAUAGAGGAAGAAUGGCGGGCAUGGUUUUACAAGAAAGAGGUGGCCGGAUGGGUGGAGAGGUAUGAGAAGGGGCUGACUUUUGCCACCGUGCGUGGUGCCGGCCACCAAGUCCCAUUAUUCGCGCCCGGUCAGUCACUUUCUCUCUUCACCCAUUUUCUCAGUGCCACCAACUUGCCCUCUUCCCGUUCCUAACAUAUUUGUAUUGUGCUUGGAAACAUUUUAUCUAUGAGUUCCUUUGCAAUAAGAGUAGGAGGGAAGGUAAUUAGGGUAUUAAGUUUUAUAUUUUAAAUUGAUAUUUUCAUAUUAAAUUUUGAGUUUUUAAACUUUCAUUUAAGAUAAAAUAAUGUUUUAAUAUAUAUGAGACAAAAGUUACAAAAAAU